CAUGGCGCAGGUGGGCGUGUAGGCAGGGCUGCAGAGGCUGAGGGUCUGAGCGGCCUGCCCUGCGGUGGUGAUCUGCCCUCCGGAUCUGCGGCGCCGAGAGACGUCAUGGAGAGCAGGUGCUACGGCUGUGCUGUCAAGUUCACCCUCUUCAAGAAGGAGUACGGCUGUAAGAACUGUGGCCGGGCCUUCUGUAAUGGUUGUCUCAGCUUCAGUGCUCUGGUACCUCGGGCUGGCAACACUCAACAGAAAGUCUGCAAGCAAUGCCACACGGUCCUGACCAGAGGACCUUCUGACAAUACCUCCAAGUGGUCGCCACCUCAGAACUACAAGAAGCGUGUGGCAGCCCUGGAAGCCAAGAAAAAGCCCAGUACUUUCCAGAGCCAGGGCCUGACUCAACAAGACCAAGCCAUCGCUGAUCGCCUAGCACGGCUCCGUCAGGAAAAUAAGCCCAAGUCAGUACCGUCACAAGCAGAGAUAGAGGCACGGCUGGCUGCACUGAAGGAUGAAGUCCAGGGUUCCAUCCCUUCCACACAGGAGAUGGAGAAUCGGCUUGCAGCCUUACAGGGCAGAGCGCCACCUUCUCACGUGAGACCGGCACACCAGGCACCAGAUACCAGGACCCAGGCUCAGCAGACACAGGAUCUGCUCACACAGCUGGCAGCUGAGGUGGCUAUUGAUGACAACUGGGAACGAAGAGGCCCAGUGAUCCCCCUCCAGAAUGACCUCAACAAGGGAGGUACAAGGAAGGAGCACACAAAUUCCCCAGGUCAGGCCAACUCAUCCCUGGAGGAGGAGAAGAGCAGGCUGCUGACCGAGGCAGCAGUUGAGCUACGGGAGGAGAACACCAGGCAGGAACGGAUCCUGGCUCUGGCCAAAAGAUUGACUGUACUUCAGGGACAGGACCCCAGCAAAGUGAGCCUCCAGGACUAUCGCCUACCAGACAGUGAUGAGGAGGAGGAUGAAGAGACAGCCAUCCAGAGACUCCUGCAGCAGCUCACUGAAGAAGCUGCCCUGGAUGAGGCAAGUGGCUUUAACAUCCCUGUGGAACCAGCUCCCCGACCCCAGGCCCAACCCUGCAGGGCCAAGACUGAGCCCCAGGCUGAGGAGGAAGAGGAGGAGCUCCCCUGGUGCUGCAUCUGCAAUGAGGAUGCCACCCUGCGCUGUGCUGGCUGCGAUGGAGACCUCUACUGUGCCCGGUGCUUCCGGGAGGGUCACGAUAACUUUGAUCUUAAAGAGCAUCAGACUUCUGCAUACCACCCCCGAACUCCUGGCCGAGAACACUAAGAAAACCCCGAUGACCUCCUGAGGUGGCAGUGCCACGGGCAGCCAGCAGGCUGGGACGGCCACCUGGGCCUGGUCUCGGGCCAGCCAGUGGGAUAGCAGAUCCAACUCUACUGAUGGCAAACACACUGUGUUUUGAGCUUCGCAGUCCCUGUAAGGAAGAAAGAGUCCAUUGAAGAGAACGAGUCUUAGAGGAGCCAGAGGAAAGGAGAAGGGUCCUCAAGAGCCUGACCUGAAACCGAGAGGCAGAUGGGGAAGACCACACUGAACCUAAGAAUGAGCCCUGAAACCUGGUUCCAGGGCUCAGCCCUGGCCUGUAGUGAAUCUAAUAAAUUAUGUUAU